GGCACUUUCAGGCUUCUAGGAAAGAGAUGAUGAUGGACUGGACUAGGAGAGGGUCAACAAGGAUAGAGAGGAAGGAUGUGUGGAAUUGAGAUUUGAGCCCAGGGAUGGACCCCUGACCUUCUCAUUCUUUUGCAGGAUACCACAACUGAAGAUUAGUUCAUUCACCAGGCAACAGCAAAGUGAUCCCCAUGAAAUCCUUCCUCCAGACACUUGAGGAAAUUGAGUUUCUCCAAGGCGCCUCUAAGCCAUGUACAGAACACACCCCAGCAGCACCAGAGCCACAGGUCUACAUGUCUCUGACUGCUCAUGAUGAGGGAAGCCAACAUGAGUCAACCCAGAACCAGGUGUUGCCUUCCUUAAGACCCACAACAAUGACGUCUACACAUUCUAACAUCCUUGAGCCAAUCCUUACCCAGAACUCAACAGUGCCCCCUGUUAAAGCCCUUAAUAUGACCUUUGGAGGUCUAAAUGAGACUUUUUCCAUGGCCCAGAAGGUGACUUCCUUUGAUCAGAUAAAACCAACAGCAGAAUGCCAGAUGACACAUAUCACUGACACCCGAAAGACAUCAUUCGCUGGCAGCCAAAUGACAACUAUUACUGCAAGCAAGAUGACAAUCCCCAAUGAGGGUGGCCGAAUUAUGGCCCUCAGUGUUGACCAGACCCUCAGUGGAGGCCAGAAGACAAUCUCCACUGGUGACCAGACCCUUUAUGGGGACAAAAUGAUGACCUUCAAUGGUGACCAGACCCUCUGUGGAAGCCAGAUGACAACUCUUAAAGGGGGCCAGAUCUAUAAGGACCAGAUGAAAACUUUUAAAGGGGGCCAGCUGACAAUCUCCAGUAGUGACCACACCUUCUAUAAGCAUGAGAUGACAACUCUUAAAGGGGGCCAGCUGACAACCUCCAGUAGUGACCAGACCUUUUAUGGGAUCCAGAUGACAGCUCUUAAAGGGGAUCAGAUGAUGACCUCCAGUGGCCACCACACCCUCUGUGGGGGCCAGCUGAUGACUUCCAGUAGUGACCAGACUUUCUAUGAGGACCAGAUGACAACUCUUAAAGGGAGCCAGAUGACAAGCUUCAGUAGUGAUCAAACCCUCUAUGGUGGCCAGGUGAUGACCUCCAGUGGUCACCACAUACUCUGUAGGGCCCAGCUGAUGACCUCCAGUAGUGACCAGACCUUCUGUGGGGACCAGAUGACAACCUCCAAUGGUGAACAGACCUACUAUAAGGACCAGAUGACAACCUCCAGGAGUGAUCACACACUCUGUGGUGACCAGAUCACAACUUCCAGUGGUUACCAGACCCUCUGUGGGGGCCGGAUGGCAACCUCCAACGAUAAACAGACCUUCUCUAAGGACCAGGUGACAAUGUCCAGUAGUGAUCAUACCUUCUAUAGUGGCCAGAUGACAACAUCCAGUGUUUACCAGACCCUCUGUGGGGACCAGAUGACAACCUUCAAUGGUGACCUGACUUUCUAUAAGGACCAGAUGACAUCUCUGAAGGAGGGCUAUAUGACAGCCUCCAAUGGAGACCAGACCUUCUAUAAGGACCAGAUGACAACCUUCAGUAGUGAUCACACCCUCUAUGGUGACCAGAUGACAAAUUCCAGUGGUUACCAGACACACUUUGGGAGCCAGAUGACAACCUCCAGUAGUAGUCCCAGCCUCUAUGGUGACCAGAUAACAACUUCCAGUGGUUACCAGACCCUCUGUAGGGGCCAGGUGACAACCUCCAAUAGUGACCAGACCUAUAAGGACCACAUGACAACCUCCAGUAGUGAUCACACCCUCUAUGGUGACCAGAUGGCAAAUUCCACCGGUUAUCAGACCCUCUCUGGGGGCCAGAUAACAACCUCCAAUGGUGAACAGACCUACUAUAAAGACCAGAUGACAACCUCCAGUAGUGAUCACAUCCUCUAUGGUGGCCAGAUGAUGACUUUUUGUGGUUACCAGACCCUCUAUGGGGGUCAGAUGACAACCUCCAAUGGUGACCAGACCUUCUAUAAGGACCAGAUGACAACUCUGAAAGAGGGCCAGGUGACAACCUCCAAUGGUGAACAGACCCACUAUAAGGACCAGAUGGCAACCUUCAGUAGUGAUCACACACUCUGUGGUGACCAGAUGACAACUUCCAGUGGUUACCAGAACCUCUGUGGGAGCCAAAUGGCAACCUCCAGUGGUGACCAGACUUUCUAUAAGGACCAGAUGACAUCUCUGAGAGGGGGCCAUAUGACACCCUCCAGUGGCGACCAGACCUAUAAGGGCCACAUGACAACCUCCAGUAGUGAUCACACCCUCUGUGGUGACCAGCUGAAAACUUCCAGUGAUUUCCAGACCAUCCGUGGGGGUCAGAUGACAACUUCCAAUGGUGACCAGACCUUUUGUAAGGACCAGAUGACAUCUCUGAAUGGAGGCCAGGUGACAACCUCCAAUGGUGACCAGAUCUAUAAGGAUCAGAUGACAUCUCUGAAAGGGGGCCAGAUGACAACCUCCAAUGAUGAACAGACCUACUAUAAGGACCACAUGAAAGCCUCCAGUAGUGAUCACAUCCUCUGUGGUGACAAGAUGACAACUUCCAGUGGUUACCAGAACCUCUGUGGGGGCCAGAUGGCAACUUCCAAUGAUGACCAGACUUUCUUUAAGGACCAGAUGACAUCUCUGAAAGAGGGCUAUAUGACAACCUGCAGUGGUGAACAGACCUAUUAUAAGGACCAGAUGACAACCUCCAGGAGUGAUCACACCCUCUGUGCUGACCAGAUGACAACUUCCAGUGGUUACCAGACCCUCUGUGGGGGCCAGAUGACAAAUCUUAAAGGAGACCAGGUGACAACCUCCAGUAGUGAUCAUACCCUCUCUGGUGACCAGGUGACAACUUCCAGUCGUUACCAGACCCUCUGUAGGGGCCAGAUGACAACCUCCAAUGGUGACCGGACUUUCUCGAAGGACCAGAUGACAUCCCUGAAAGGGGGCCAGGUGACAACCUCCAAUGGUGGACAGACCUCCAGUAGUGAUCAUACCCUCUAUGGUGACCAGAUGGCAAAUACCAGUGGUUACCAGAUCCUCUCUGGGGGCCAGAUAACAACCUCCAGUGGUGAGCAGGGGUACUAUAAAGACCAGAUGACAACCUCCAGUAGUGAUCACACCCUCUAUGGUGGCCAGAUGAUGACUUCUAGUGGUUACCAGACCUUCUAUGGGGGCCAGAUGACAACCUUCAUUGGUGACAAGACCCUCUAUAAGGACCAGAUGAUAACUCUGAAAGAGGGCCAGGUGACAACCUCCAAUGGUGACCGGACCAGUAAGAACCAGGUGACAACUCUGAAAGAGAGCCAGAUGACAAUCUCCAGUAGUGAUCACACCCUGUAUGGUGACCAGAUAACAACUUCCAGUGGUUAUCAGACCCUCUGUGGGGGCCAGAUGACAACCUCCAAUGGGGACCAGAUGACAAAUCUUACAGGGGACCAGAUGACAACCUCCAGUAGUGAUCACAUCCUCUAUGGUGGCCACAUAACAACUUCCAGUGGCUACCAGACUCUCUAUGGGGACCAGAUGACAACUCUUAAGGGGAGGGGCCAGAUGACAACUUCCAGGGGUUACUAUACCCUCUACAGGGGCUAUAUGAUGUCCUGUCUAGUCUCAUCAUUGCCGUCUGGAUUCCAAUACUUUUCAGAUUUCAAUUUGAUCCAAGGACAAUCUCUGGAAGAGCAGAAGUGGAAACCCAAGGUCCAGAGACGUCAAUCCCAGAAGAAUCAUGACAUUUUGAAGCUCUACACCUGCACAUAUCAGGACUGUGGGAAAUCGUAUUUAAGGCGUGCCCGUCUCCGAAUCCAUGAAUGCAUACACACUGGGGAGAAGCCCUAUAUAUGCAAUGUAAAGGGAUGCGCACGGAAAUUUUCCCGCUCAGAUGGGCUCUACAGACACAAGAAAAAACACAAUGGAGAGCGACCCUACGUGUGUACUAGAUGCAACAAGAAUUUUGCACGAUCUGAUCAUCUAAAGCUGCAUCAAAAAUCCCAUGAAUAA